GUGCAUCAUGUCUGGAAGAGGCAAAGGCGGAAAGGGACUCGGAAAAGGAGGCGCGAAGCGUCAUCGCAAAGUUUUGCGUGAUAACAUCCAGGGCAUCACCAAACCCGCUAUCCGUCGUCUUGCUCGUCGCGGCGGAGUGAAACGUAUCUCCGGUCUAAUCUACGAGGAGACUCGCGGUGUGUUGAAGGUGUUUCUGGAGAAUGUUAUCCGUGAUGCCGUCACCUACACCGAGCACGCCAAGAGAAAGACCGUCACCGCCAUGGACGUCGUGUACGCGCUGAAACGACAGGGACGCACUCUAAGUACAUCUAUUCAUAUUCAGUCAGGCAGAUCAGCAAUGGCAAGAACCAAGCAGACCGCUCGUAAGUCCACCGGCGGCAAAGCCCCGAGGAAGCAGCUCGCCACCAAAGCCGCUCGUAAGAGCGCUCCGGCCACCGGCGGCGUGAAGAAGCCUCAUCGUUACAGGCCCGGCACCGUGGCUCUGAGAGAGAUCCGCCGCUACCAGAAGUCCACCGAGCUGCUCAUCCGCAAACUGCCUUUCCAGCGCCUGGUGAGAGAGAUCGCUCAGGACUUCAAGACGGAUCUGCGCUUCCAGAGCUCCGCCGUCAUGGCUCUGCAGGAGUCCAGCGAGGCUUAUCUGGUCGGUCUGUUCGAGGACACAAACCUCACUGUACUCAUUGAAGUUAGCAGUAUGUCUGGAAGAGGUAAAGGCGGAAAGGGACUCGGAAAAGGAGGCGCGAAGCGUCAUCGUAAAGUGUUGCGUGAUAACAUCCAGGGCAUCACCAAGCCUGCCAUCCGUCGUCUCGCUCGCCGCGGCGGAGUGAAACGUAUCUCCGGGUUGAUCUACGAGGAGACUCGCGGUGUGUUGAAGGUGUUUCUGGAGAACGUUAUCCGUGACGCCGUCACCUACACCGAGCACGCCAAGAGAAAGACCGUCACCGCCAUGGACGUCGUGUACGCGCUGAAACGACAGGGACGCACUCUGUACGGCUUCGGAGGUUAA